AAAGGCUUUCAUGGCAAAAGUAAAGGUUGAAUUUUUUCUUUUUGAAGAAGAAAGAGAAUAAAGAAGAGUAAAAGGGAAGAAGAAAAUAUGCCAACAGUUUGGUUUUCUUUGAAGAGAUCUUUACACUGUAAAUCAGAGCCAUCAGGUGUUCAUGACCCCAAAACCAGGAAGCAAUUGAGUACAAUAUUGACUAGGAAAGCAAGCAGGUCAGGGUGUUCAAGGUCUAUAGCAAAUCUCAAGGAUGUCAUUCAUGGAAGUAAGAGACAUUUAGAGAAGCCACCAAGUUGCAGUCCAAGAUCCAUUGGGAGCAGUGAGUUUCUUAACCCAAUAACUCAUGAAGUCAUCCUUAGUAACUCAAGGUGUGAGCUGAAAAUCACUGGUUUUGGAGGGUUACAAGCUGGUGUCAGUAAUGGUGGCAAUAAAGGAGUUAAUGAUGGUGGUGGUGGCGGCGGCUCAACUUUUGUUGGUACUUUACGCCCUGGAACACCAGGACCUGGAGGGCACCCAACAAUGCAUUAUUUUAAUUCUUCUUUAAGGAACUCUUCAACUACUCCCCCAAGAAAAUCACAUUUUCUUGUAUCAGAAACAGAAGGUUCUGGAUUUGGUGGUGGAAAUUUUCAUUCAAACAAUAGGGUUUCUCUUGAGACAGACUCUAAUGGAUGUUCUAAACUGACUUGCCACAAAUGUGGAGAGCAAUUUAGCAAAUGGGAAGCUGCUGAAACACACCAUCUAUCUAAGCAUGCCGUUACUGAACUAGUGGAAGGUGACUCAUCUAGAAAGAUUGUUGAAAUUAUAUGCCGGACAAGUUGGUUAAAGUCUGAGAACCAUUGUGGCCGGAUCGAAAGAGUUUUAAAAGUUCACAACAUGCAAAAAACUCUUGCUCGAUUCGAAGAAUAUAGGGAAAUGGUAAAGAUUAAAGCAAGCAAACUCCCCAAGAAACAUCCUCGAUGCAUUGCUGAUGGAAAUGAGCUAUUGAGGUUCUAUGGCACAACAGUGGCAUGUUCUCUUGGUCUAAAUGGUUCAUCAAGUCUUUGUAUAUCUGAAAAAUGUUGUGUUUGUUGGAUUAUUAGAAAUGGAUUCUCUGCCAAGAAGGAGCUCAAGGAAGGAAUUGGUGUUUUUACAACGUCCACAAGUGGCAGGGCUUUUGAAUCUAUUCAAAUUCUUGAAGAUGAUCCAUCCAUAAGGAAAGCUUUGAUAGUUUGCAGAGUAAUAGCUGGGAGAGUUCAUAGACCUUUGGAGAAUAAACAAGAAAUGGCAGGACAAACUGGGUUCGAUUCAUUGGCUGGGAAAGUUGGUCUGUACUCAAAUAUUGAGGAGCUUUAUCUGUUCAAUCCUAGAGCUCUCCUUCCUUGUUUUGUGGUAAUCUGCAAAGCUUGAGGAAAAAAAUUAGAAGUUGUGACUUGUGAAGUUAUGUGAAUCUUUUUCCUUUUCUUGGUAGAGAUUUUCUAUCUUCUUUUUGAAAGAAUUCUCAUUCUU